ACUGAGCUGUCAUUGUCUCGGUCGGAUGAUUUUUUUUGUACAGAAAAACUUUGAUAGCUUCGUUACUGCAGUAAAUAUAGCAAAAUGGCAAAAAAAACCUAUGAUCUGCUAUUUAAAUUAUUAUUAAUUGGUGAUUCUGGAGUUGGAAAAACGUGUAUACUAUUUAGAUUUUCAGAUAACCACUUUACAACAACGUUUAUUUCAACAAUUGGUAUAGAUUUUAAGAUUAAGACUGUUGAAUUACGAGGAAAGAAAAUCAAACUGCAGAUCUGGGAUACGGCAGGCCAGGAACGGUUCCACACCAUCACUACAUCAUAUUACCGUGGGGCGAUGGGGAUCAUGCUGGUGUAUGAUAUAACAAAUGAAAAAACUUUUGAUGAUAUUGUGAAGUGGUUAAGAAAUAUAGACGAGCAUGCUAACGAGGAUGUGGAGAAGAUGAUCCUCGGCAACAAGUGUGACAUGGAGGACAAGAGAGUUGUCAGCAAAGAGAGGGGAGAAGCUAUCGCUCGCGAGCACGGCAUCCGCUUCAUGGAGACGUCGGCCAAGUCGAACACCAACAUCGAGCGCGCCUUCUCGGAGCUGGCGGAGGCCAUCCUGGACAAGAGCGCAGGGCGCGAGGCGGAGGCGGACCUGGCGCGCAUCGCCGUGGAGCGCCGCCCUUCCCGCGCGCCGCCCGCCCGCGCCGCGCCUGCCUGCUGCUCGUAGACUCGCUCGCCUCCACCUCCACCGGCACCGCCGCGUCCCGUCCCGUCCCGUCGGUCGUGUCGCGGUCGCCGCCUCGUCGCCGGCGGGUCGUCCUCGUCUCUAUUAUUUGUAUAUCUCGCGUGUUAUAUCUCCUCGUGCCGUUCCGAUGUGGGCCGCUCCGUUCGCCUCGUGUUUCGUAUCUCAUCGUAUGUCAAUGUUUCGAUGGAUCCUCUCUAUCUCCUCGGACUCCGUAACGUCCGUAACGGCGCCCUCGUUUUUCGAGCUACAUUUUUUGUUUUUCUCAUAGCUUUAAGCGAGAGUGAUUCGUGUGCAAUAAUUCUCUACAACGAUUAUCCAAUGAAUAUCACGGAAAAUAAAUUUGUACAUUUUUAUCGUAAUAGUUGUCGUCGUUCGUCAGUCUUAGAUCGACGAUAGUUAGAGUAGCUUGAAUGACGUCACGCACGUCACGUGACGUCAUUAGAUGGAAAUGGAAAUAAUAUUGAAAUAUUAGUGUAGUUUUUUUUUAUUGUUUCUUCCUAUUUAAUGUGUGUUCAACGUGAGCUGCAGAUCGUUUCACCAUCACAUCGCCGGCCGCCCUGCCAGUGUCUCGGGACCUCUGUGCUCUGUUGUUCUCAUGUAUUGUAUUUUGCAGCGUGCUCGUCUCUACUGCGCACGAUCUUAACUAUAAGUGACUUUUCCUUAUUAAACGUCGUCAUUGCCGUCGAGUCCUUGACGGCGUCCAUGUAUUUGGUAAAUUUAAUGAACCUGAAAUGCUAUUUAUUAAAUAGGACUAACAUUUUUUAAAUGAUCUUUUUAUUGGUCUGUUCCGUUACAAUAUUAUUUCCCGUCGUAUUGUAGAGUGUAUGUUUGUAUGUCACGUCGGUUUCUAUCCGCUUUUAUAAAUAAAUAUCGCCAGUGUAUAUUAUGUUCAUAAUAAAUGACCCACGGUCA